UGGAGGGGUAGGAGGAGGAGGUGGAGGAGGAGGAGGAGGAGCGGUGGCUGUGGACGUGGAGGCUGUGGACGUGGAGGCUGUGGACGUGGAGGCUGUAGUGGCCUCGAUGACGUUGCUGGCCACGGCAAGUGCCGGGACGGUGGACGGCUUCCCGCUGUGUGGCACGCUGGGACCUGCACUGGCACACGCACGGAGCUGCAGUGCACUGGGAGACGGCCUGCACCGCGCCCGGCCCGGCCGCCGUGCCGGCUUCUUGGUGCGGCUGGCUGACCGUGCCGGGGAGGCGAUCCCUGGGGCUCACGACAGCCCCCAAGUGUCCAUACUUCACCGUGAGAACACGCGCUGCGCGGUGGCGGUGGAGGUGACGCGUGGCAAGGGGGCGACGUUCAAUGUCUCCUACACCGCCACGGACAGUGGUCGAUACUUCAUAUCCGUCAUGGUGCGCGGACGCCACAUACAGGGCUCCCCGUUCUCCCUGCGAGUGUCAAACACCACCACCACCACCUCCGCCACCACCUCCACCACCGCCUCCGCCUCCACCGCCUCCGCCUCCACCGCCUCCACCGCCUCCUCCGCCACGGUGACGCCGUCACCGCCAUCGCGAGGGCACCACCGUGGACUCUACCACUGCUGCUCCUUCUGCUCCAGCGGCGGGCAACGUGACGCACGCUGCCUGUGUGGGGGUAGCAUGCCGGGAGGGUUCUUGGGCUGUGGCCACGGCCAUCCCGGCCACCCCGGCCACCCCCACUGGUCCUGCUGCGGUCACCCCUCACGCUCCGCCACAGAGUGCCGGCCUCACCAGCAGCCUCACCGCCAGCCUCACCGCCAGCCUCACCGCCAGCCUCACCAGCAGCCUCACCAGCAGCCUCACCAGCAGCCUCACCGAGCUGGUGCUCUACCGCCACCGCCCGCACUCACAGCGAGAAGCCCCCAGCGGGGAGAGACCCUGUCAGCCACCGUGUGACACACACACAGUGACACACACACACAGUGACACACACACAGUGACACACACACAGUGACACACGCACAGUGACACACACAAUGACACAC